AAGGAAGGUUGAUCGAGGGUUGGGACAAGGGACACGUCGGUGGCGGCGGGCACCAACUCGGACGAGUUAGUUGACGUAAACAACUUUGGGUGGUUGAGGCUGACCGUCACGUAUCUGUCAUCUGGUGAUAUUCCUGAGAUAGUCAUGGAGCCUGCAAGGGAAGAGUCAUUGUUAUUCAAAUAUGCAAAGAUUACAUCAGUUGUGUGCCUCUACUGGACAGUGUCUAUAUCACUGGUGUUUGUGAACAAGACACUGCUGGGUGGUUCAUCUAUGGGGGAAAGAGAUGCCCCAUUGUUUGUUACCUGGUUCCAGUGUGUAGUCACUACAGUGUCAUGUCUCUCUCUCUCAUGCUUCACUAAAGUAUUUCCUCACGUGGUUACCUUUCCUGAAGUUGGAAGCUUAGAGCGGACAAAAGCUAAGAAGGUCUUACCUUUGACUUGUGUAUUUGUAGCAAUGAUCUCCAUGAACAAUUUAUCCUUGAAAUAUAUGGGUGUAGCUUUCUACUUUGUUGGUCGUUCGCUGACAACAGUCUUCAAUGUCACCUUUACAUAUUUGAUUUUGGGCCAGGUGACAUCCAUGUCUGCCAUUUUAUGCUGUGCUGUCAUCAUUGGAGGUUUCUGGUUGGGUGUUGACCAAGAGAAUGUUGCAGGAUCACUGUCUCUUCUGGGAGUAUCAUUUGGAUUUCUCUCUGCAGCUUUUGUCUCUCUCAAUGCAAUAUACACUAAAAGAGUCCUGCCCACUCUGGAUGGUUCUAUAUGGGUUCUCUGUUAUUACAACAAUGUCAUGGCUUCCGUACUUUUCCUGCCACUAAUUGUCUUCAAUGGAGAAUUGUAUGCUGCUUACCUGAUGGUUACUGAAGGCAGUCUACACUUCUGGGGUCUGAUGGUUGUUGGAGGAUUUUGUGGCUUUGCUAUGGGGUAUGUCGCUGGUCUCCAAAUUCAGGUUACAUCUCCACUCACCCAUAAUAUCAGUGGGACAGCCAAGGCAUGUGCCCAGACGGUGUUGGCAACAUGGUGGUAUGCUGAGUCGAAGGCAGUACUCUGGUGGCUGAGCAACUGGGUAGUGUUAGGGGGAUCCUUAGCAUACACAUACAUCAAGCAGCUUGAAAUGAGAGCGACUCACAAUGCUCCAAAACCACUUCAGUCGGACAUCACAGGGAAAAUCGAGGAACAGAUGAAGGGUUAAAGAGUUGGAGAAAUUUAUUGUCACCAGUGAUGUUCAGAAGCUCAGCAAAUUUAUGGGAGUACAGUAUGAACUCUGGAUGCAAGAAAAAACAACAACAACAAAUACUGUAAUGUUCAAAAUAGUAAUAUGUGAGGUGAAUAGGAUACAAAGAAUAAGGAAUAUAGAAAUGUGGAGAUGAAGUAGUGUAAGUGUUGGAUAGAAUACUGACCAAGGUUUGUUCAUAUGCAAUGUAUAGACUUUGAGGAAUGGGAAAUAAAAGAUUGAUAAAGAGUGUGUAAUUCAGAGUUGGAUAGAAGGAAAGAAGAAGACAAGGAAGAUGGAAGGAUAGAGUGAAGAAAGGGGGGGGACAUCCAGGAGGCAAUAAAGCAUGGCACCAAGUGGGAUAUGGGAAUGUCACAUAUUUAAGAGUGAAAGGAUUGAUUUUCACCAUUGCAUAACAUUGUGGGAUAAGGUUUGUAGGAGUGAAAAGAAUAAACAUGAUAUGAGUAUAGUAUAGUACAGUACCAUACCAGUAAUCAUGGUCUGUUUGUUUUAUUUGGUGAUUUCAUUAUACAGGGUACUGUAUAUGUGUUCUGUACAGUAUAUGAUCAUGGUAAAUUUUUAAAACUUUUUCUAGGAUUUUAGUAUUUCUUAAGCCAAAAUGUAUUUAUUGAAAUGAAUUGCAGUUCUUAAAGUAGUGAAAUUUAUUGGAAAGUUUUGAAUUAUUUGUACAGUACAUGAAAAUUGCAAGUUGGGUACAUUAACUUUUAAGUACAGUACAGUAUAGACUGAAUAAACAUUUAAUGUUAAAAUGUAAGGAAAAUAUGGAAUAUAAAAGGUGAGGGUGAAAACAAUAAUUUAAAUAUUUUGGUUCUACACUGUAAUUAGCAUAUGGAGAGGAUGAUUGAAAACAGAAAGGGAGAAAAUGAAGACAUAGAAGGUUAAAAUGCCAGAGAGAGGUGUGAGUAUUGAAGAAUGUGCUUAACUGUGCAGAAAUAGGGGUGCAUGAGGGCAAUCUACAUAAUUAUAUCCACCCUGGUAGAUAGUGGAGGACAGUGCUAUGAUUAUAUACAAAGUUUUAGUUGUAUGAAGUUCUGUGUUUUACUUUAGAUUAUAUUCAGUAUGAGUUGUACUUAUUCACCACUGCACUUCAUCAUACAUAAGUGUGUAUUUGGUAUACAGUAUUAUGUAAUGGAAAACUUUUUCUGAUUUCAAUCAAUAUUUACAGUACAGUACAGUGUGUCCAUGAGGUAAAAACACCCAUACUUAUGAAUGUGAUCCCAUUGUAUCCAUGAUAAAAAUCCAGCUCAACUUA